UUGGUUUUCCAAAUUAGGAAAACAAGGCAGGACCCACUGAGAUUGACGCGGUGAUUGGCCAAUCAUAACUUAGGGCUCCCUCAGUAGUUCCCCCGAUGCCGUUUUCAGUGAACAGAAGAACCGGCCCAGUGUCUCAACUAAGUGAUUAGAAUUACUGGGGGUACCUUAAUAUUCAGGGCCCCUUGGUGAUUAUACCCCUCUUUGUAAUGCCCCCCAGAAUAAGCCUUAUGCCUUCCCAUACUCAUUAUGAACCUUUAGUAAAUGAAUAUCAACAUUAUUGACCCCCACAUUGGUGACGGAACAAUUAUUCUUUGCAUUUCAGAUGUGGCCCAGAAACGCGGCCCUGUAAUCGGAACACUGCUGAGCGCUAAAGGAGAGAAUAAACCGGAGACAGAGAAAAAUCUCAUUGACUGGAGAAAACACGAGAAAACAAUUAAACGACCACUACCCGAAACAGAACCAGAAACCAGAACCAACACUGAUGGCGAUACGUCCGACAAGACAUGGAUAUACAUUGUGUUUGUGGUUCUAAUGGUUAUAGUUUUACUGGUUGAAGGCAUUGGAUGGUAUUUAUAUUACAAGCUGAGGAAGGAGACCUCACCCGACAGCGAAUGGCUGAUAGUUACUGGGAAAGCCAAAGAGCAAGAAACAAAAGCAGUUGUGGUCAAACAGAAGAAGCUGAAAAAGAAAGCGCCGAAAAUUGCAAAACCUGAAGAGACGGACGAGGAGGAGGAAAUUGUUCCACCCCCUCGGAAAAAGCGUCUCAAGAAGAAACUGAAGAAGAAACUGCCUUCCCCGAAACCUUCUUCUGCAGCUCUGGGACAGCAGUCAACUGACGUUGCUGAGACAGAGGAGACUGAGCUGCUGGAAGAAGAAGAAACAGCAGAGGAAGAGCAGCAAAUGCCAAUUAAGGUUAAACCAAAGAAAGUGAUUAAGAAGAAGAUCACUAAGAAAGUUGAACCUGAAGAGGAAGAAGAGGAGGAGGAGGAAGAACCAGAACCUCCAAAGAAACCCUCUAAAAAGAAACUUCCUUUGAAAAAACCUUCCUCUAAACAGAAGCCGUCCAAAUCUGCUCCGGCAGAGGAGGAGGCUGAGUCUGAAUCUGAGGAAGAAGAGACAGAGGAAGAGGAGCAAAUGCCAAUUAAGGUUAAACCAAAGAAAGUGAUUAAGAAGAAGAUCACUAAGAAAGUUGAAUCUGAAGAGGAAGAAGAGGAGGAGGAGGAAGAACCAGAACCUCCAAAGAAACCCUCUAAAAAGAAACUUCCUUUGAAAAAACCUUCCUCUAAACAGAAGCCGUCCAAAUCUGCUCCGGCAGAGGAGGAGGCUGAGUCUGAAUCUGAGGAAGAAGAGACAGAGGAAGAGGAGCAAAUGCCAAUUAAGGUUAAACCAAAGAAAGUGAUUAAGAAGAAGAUCACUAAGAAAGCUGAAUCUGAAGAGGAAGAGGAAGAAGAGGAGGAAGAACCAGAACCUCCAAAGAAACCCUCUAAAAAGAAACUUCCUUUGAAAAAACCUUCCUCUAAACAGAAGCCGUCCAAAUCUGCUCCGGCAGAGGAGGAGGCUGAACCUGAAUCAGAGGAAGAAGAAACAGAGGAAGAGGAGCAAAUGCCAAUUAAGGUUAAACCAAAGAAAGUGAUUCCGAAGAAGAAAAUCACUAAGAAAGCUGUAGAAGCAGAAGACGAGGAGGCUGAAGAUGAACCAGAACCUCCAACAACGUCUUCUAAGAAAAAGGUUCCUAUUAAGAAACCUUCCGCUACAGCUCCAAAGCAGAAGCCGAGUCGUCCUAAACCUCCUAUAGAGACUGAACCAGAAAAAGAAGAUGUGGAUGGAGAGGAGGUUCAGUCAGAGGAGAGCACGGCUCAGCAAGAUGCAACUAAAAAGAAAAUAGUCCCAAGAAAAAGAGUAUUAAAAAGAGGAAAAGGCAGAAUCCAGAAUAAGAGGACUCUUAAAGUUGUAAGGAAAAGGCCAAGUUCCUUAAAGCAACAAACUGUGAAAAAAGACACAGAGACUAGUAAGGAUUCCGUGUCUGCUUCACAGAAAGGAGAUUCAGAGGAUGAAAAAGAAAGUGGCCCAAAGGAGGCAGAACAUCCCGAAAAGACUGGGAAAGGUUCUGAGGAACAAUCUCAGAAGGAUCAUUUAGAGGUUGGUGCAAAGAAAGCAACACCACUAAAAGGUCCUAAGAAACGACCCCUAAAGGGAAAGCCUAGAAGGAUGGUGAAAAGGGGCAUUGGUGCAAAGAAGAAGGUAGUGCCAAUAAGAGGCCCAGCAAAGACUGGGACAAGUUCUAAAGAACAAUCCAAGAAAGAGGAUUCAGAGGCUGAGAAGAAGACUAUGAAAGUCAAACCUCCAGUAAAAGAUCCAGAAAAAACUGGGACAAUUCCUAAGGAACAAGCCCAGAAAAAGGAUCUUGAGGCUGGAAAAAAGGCUAUAGAGGUCAGUAGUGCAAAGAAGGCACAGCCAGUAAAGGGUCCAGCAAAGACUCAGAAAAGACCCCUACAGAGAAGUUCACAGCCUAGAAGGAUAGUGAAAAGGGGCAUUGGUGCAAAGAAGAAGGUAGUGCCAAUAAGAGGCCCAGCAAAGACUGGGACAAGUUCUAAAGAACAAUCCAAGAAAGAGGAUUCAGAGGCUGAGAAGAAGACUAUGAAAGUCAAACCUCCAGUAAAAGAUCCAGAAAAAACUGGGACAAUUCCUAAGGAACAAGCCCAGAAAAAGGAUCUUGAGGCUGGAAAAAAGGCUAUAGAGGUCAGUAGUGCAAAGAAGGCACAGCCAGUAAAAGGUCCAGCAAAGACUCAGAAAAGACCCCUAAAGAGAAGUUCACAGCCUAGAAGGAUAGUGAAAACUGGUAUUGGUGCAAAGAAGAAGGUAGUGCCAAUAAGAGGCCCAGCAAAGACUGGGACAAGUUCUAAGGAACAAUCCAAGAAAGAGGAUUCAGAGGCUGAGAAGAAGGCGAUGAAGGUCAAACCACCAGUAAAAGAUCCAGCAAAAACUGGGGCAAGUUCUAAGGAACAAGCCCAGAAAAAAGAUUUUGAGGCUGGAAAAAAGGCUAUAGAGGUCAGUAGUGCAAAGAAGGCACAGCCAGUUAAAGGUCCAGCAAAGACUCAGAAAAGACCCUUACAGAGAAGUUCACAGCCUAGAAGGAUAGUGAAAACUGGCAUUGGUGCAAAGAAGAAGGUAGUGCCAAUAAGAGGCCCAGCAAAGACUGGGAAAGGUGGGACUGCAAAGAUAGCCAAAAAGGCACCACCAGUAAAGCGGCCCACCCAGACUGGGAAGACAUCUAAAGGUCAAUCCCAGAAGGACUCACCAAAAGACCAAAGUAAGAAUUAAUCACGGAUGAUGCAGAUUCUGAAAAAAGCAAACGCAUCAGUGACAAAUGCAGUGAGCAAUUUUGAAGGUAAGGAGAAAAAGUAACCCUGAGUAAGUUGGCCGGUCGGCCAGUUACAAAUGGAACUUUUGCCUUUCUGGAUAUAGUUGGGCUGGGGCUUCUUUAACGUUGUUUAUCUAAUACAUGGAGUCUGGCCAGUCAGAAAGCAAACGGCUAUUUAGGAUUUAUUCUAUGUGCCUGAUAUACGGAUUUCCACAAAUGUAUUUGUUCUUUUGUUUUUGUUUGUAGAAU